UGUUGGUCCCUAUGGCUCUGUCAACAAAGCUCCAUUUGCAACAAUGGGAGGAGGAUGCAAAACUGCUGGUUCGGGAUGCAAUAAGUGCAGGAAUCAUGAAUGAUCUUGGCUCUGGAAGCAAUGUAGACCUGUGUGUCAUUAGAAAGAAUGGGACAGAGUACAUACGACCAUUCGAGAGCUCAAACUACAAAUGUGAAAGGCAAGGGAAAUACAAAUAUCCAGAAGGAACAACUACUAUCGUCAAAGAACAAACCAUAAAUCUGGAUUUAGUAGAGGAGACAGUGCAGCAAAUGGAAGUAGCACAGUAGAUCAAUAUUUUAUAUUGAAACAAUAUUUACUAAUACUGUUUUGUGCAAUUCAGUAAAAGUUAGUUAACUACUAAGAGUGAAGUGACACAUUGAUAAUACCACGUGGUACAGAUCUGGAUGUUUUA